GAUGGAAAAGAACGUUUCAAUAUCACUAGACAUACUCCAAAUUUUGCAGUUUUGUAUAAUUGGUUUAUUAAGUUAUUUUUUACGGUGAUCGGUGCAGUUAAUUUAACGUGUCAAAAAAUACAAAGGCAAAUGAAUCGUAAAUAUAUUACAUUUGUGCUGCUAUUAUUUCAUUGUGGUCAGUUCAAAACAGCAGUUAUAAAUCCAGGUUUUAGAAGAGGAGGAAUUCAUUAUAAUCAGUAUGGGCCAGGUGUACAUAGGCUAUUUACAUAUGUACCCGCCAGUACAACUACCGCCGCAACUACCACGACUAUAGCAGCAACAACAACAACAAGUGCACCAACCACAACUACUACUGCAGCCACUACUACAACAACUGGAGUCACAACAACCACUACACAUGCACCAACUACAACUACUACAGCAGCCACCACUACAACAACUGGAAGUACCAGUAGUACUACACAUGCACCAACUACAACUACUACAGCAGCCACUACUACAACAGCUGGAGGCACAACAACUACUACAGGAACACCUUCCACAACUACUACGGCAGCCACUACUACUACAACUCAAGGUACAACAACUACUACAGGAUCACCAACUACAACCACUACAGCAGGCAUUACUACUACCACUCAAGGUACAACAACUACUACAGGAACACCUUCCACAACAACUACGGCAGCCAUUACUACUACAGCUGGAGGUACCACGACUACUACAGGAACACCAACCACAACUACUUCUUCGGCCACUACUACUUCAACUGGAGCAAUAUCAAUUACAGAAACACCAACUACUACUACUACUAUAGCCUCUACUACUACAACUGAAGGUACAACGACAACUACAGGAACACCAACUACAACUACUACUGCAGGAACACCAACUACUACUACUGCAGCCACCACAACAACAACUGAAGGCACAACGUCUACCACAGGAACACCUUCCACAACUACUACGGCAGCCACUACAACAACAACUGAAGGUACAACUACUACAGGAACACUUUCUACAACAACCACGGCAGCUACUACUACGACAACAGGAGGAAUCACGACUACUACAGGAACACAAACUACAACAACUGUAGCAGGCACUACUACAACAACUCAAGAAACACCAACUACCACUACUGCAGCCACCACAACAACUGAAGGUACAACGACAACUACAGGAGCACCUUCCACAACAACUACGGCCGCCUCUACUACUACAACUGAAGGUACGACUUCUACAGAAACACCUUCCACAACAACCACGGCAGCCACUACUACUACAACUGAAGGUACCACGACUACUACAGGAACACCAACUACAACAACUACUGCAACCACCACCACAACAACUGAAGGAGUAACGACAACUACAGGAGCACCUUCCACAACAACUACGGCUGUCUCUACUACUACAACUGAAGGUACGACUUCUACAGAAACACCUUCCACAACAACUACGGCAGCCACUACUACUACCACUGAAGGUACCACGACUACUACAGGAACACCAACUACAACUACUACUGCAGCCACCACAACAACAACUGAAGGAGUAACGACAACUACAGGAGCACCUUCCACAACAACUACGGCUGCCUCUACUACUACAACUGAAGGUACGACUUCUACAGAAACACCUUCCACAACAACUACGGCAGCCACUACUACUACAACUGAAGGUACCACGACUACUACAGGAACACCAACUACAACAACUACUGCAACCACCACCACAACAACUGAAGGAGUAACGACAACUACAGGAGCACCUUCCACAACAACUACGGCUGCCUCUACUACUACAACUGAAGGUACGACUUCUACAGAAACACCUUCCACAACAACUACGGCAGCCACUACUACUACCACUGAAGGUACCACGACUACUACAGGAACACCAACUACAACAACUACUGCAACCACCACCACAACAACUGAAGGAGUAACGACAACUACAGGAGCACCUUCCACAACAACUACGGCUGUCUCUACUACUACAACUGAAGGUACCACGACUACUACAGGAACACCAACUACAACAACUACUGCAACCACCACCACAACAACUGAAGGAGUAACGACAACUACAGGAGCACCUUCCACAACAACUACGGCUGUCUCUACUACUACAACUGAAGGUACCACGACUACUACAGGAACACCAACUACAACAACUACUGCAACCACCACCACAACAACUGAAGGAGUAACGACAACUACAGGAGCACCUUCCACAACAACUACGGCUGUCUCUACUACUACAACUGAAGGUACGACUUCUACAGAAACACCUUCCACAACAACUACGGCAGCCACUUCUACUACCACUGAAGGUACCACGACUACUACAGGAACACCAACUACAACAACUACUGCAACCACCACCACAACAACUGAAGGAGUAACGACAACUACAGGAGCACCUUCCACAACAACUAUGGCUGCCUCUACUACUACAACUGAAGGCACGACUACUACAGAAACACCUUCCACUACAACUACGGCAGCAACUACUACUACAACUGAAGGUUCCACGACUACAACAGGAACACCAACUACAACUACUACAGCAGGUACUACUACAACAACUGAAGAAACACCUUCCACAACAACCACGGCAGCAACUACUACUACUACUGCAGCCUCUACUACUACAACUGAAGGCACAACGACUACUACAGAAACACCUUCCACAACAACUACGACUGCGACUACUACAACUGAAGGUACGACUACUACUGAAACACCUUCCACAACAACUACGGCAGCCUCUACUACUACAACUGAAGGUACCACGACUACUACAGAAACACCUUCUACAACUACGGCAGCGUCUACUACAACAACUGAAGGCACGACUACUACUGAAACACCUUCCACAACAACUACGGCAGCCUCUACUACUACUACUGAAGGCACCACGACUACUACGGAAACACCUUCCACAACUACGGCAGCAACUACUACUACUACUACUGCAACUGAAGGCACAACUACUACAGAAACACCUUCUACAACAACUACGGCAGCCUCUACUACAACAACUGAAGGCACGACUACUACAGAAACACCUUCCACAACAACUACGGCAGCCUCCACUACUACAACUGAGGGUACCACGACUACUAUAGAAACACCUUCCACAACAACCACGGCUGCCACUACUACUACAACUGAAGGUACCACGACUACUACAGGAACACCUUCUGCUACAACUACGGCAGCCUCUACUACAACAACUGAAGGCACGACUACUACAGAAAAACCUUCCACAACAACUACGGCAGCCUCCACUACUACAACUGAGGGUACCACGACUACUAUAGAAACACCUUCCACAACAACCACGGCUGCCACUACUACUACAACUGAAGGUACCACGACUACUACAGAAACACCAUCUACUACAACUUUGGCAGCCUCUACUACUACUACUGAGGGUACCACGACUACUACGGAAACACCUUCCACAACGACGGCAGCAACUACUACUACAACUGAAGGUACCACGACUACUACAGAAACACCUUCUACUACAACUUCGGCAGCCUCUACUACAACAACUGAAGGCACGACUACUACAGAAACACCUUCUACAACAACUACGGCAGCCUCUACUACAACAACUGAAGGCACGAGUACUACAGAAACACCUUCCACAACAACUACGGCAGCCUCCACUACUACAACUGAGGGUACCACGACUACUAUAGAAACACCUUCCACAACAACCACGGCUGCCACUACUACUACAACUGAAGGUACCACGACUACUACAGAAACACCUUCUACUACAACUACGGCAGCCUCUACUACAACAACUGAAGGCACGACUACUACUGAAACACCUUCCACAACAACUACGGCAGCCACUACUACUGCAACUGAAGGUACCACGACUACUACCGAAACACCUUCCACAACAACCACGGCAGCAACUACUACCACUACUACUGAGGCCUCUACUACUACAACUGAAGGCACAACUACUACAGAAACACCUUCCACAACAACUACGGCAGCCUCUACUACAACAACUGAAAGCACGACUACUACAGAAACAUCUUCCACAACAACUACGGCUACCACUACUACAACUGAAGGCACGACUACUACUGAAACACCAACUACAACAACUACGGCAGCCUCCACAACUACAACUGAAGGUACCACGACUACUACAAAAACACCUUCCACAACAACCACAGCAGCAACUACUACGACUACUGCAGCCUCUACUACUACAACUGAAGGCACGACUACUACUGAAACACCUUCCACAACUACGGCAACCUCUACCACUACAACUGAAGGUACCACGACUACUAUAGAAACACCUUCCACAACAACUGCGGCAGCCACUACUACAACUGAAGAAUCGCCAACUACUCCUACUGCAGCCUCUACCUCUACAACUGAAAGAACGACUACUAUAGAAACACCUUCCACAACAACUACGGCAGCAACUACUACAACAACUGAAGGUAUAACAUCUAUUGCAGAAACACUAUCUACUACAACUACAGCCUCUACUGCUACAACCGAAGGCACGACUAGUAUAGAAAUACCUUCUACAACUACAGCAGCCACUUCUACUACAACUGAAGGUACUACGACUAUUACAGGAACACCUUCCACAAGUACUACAGCAGGCACUACUACAACAACUGAAGGUAAUGAAAAAUUAAACCUACUACACUAA